UGCAGCGAUUUUCUGACCCGUGUGUUAAUUGUUUCGAGUACAGUGCACGGUACUGAUUCCGAAGGCCAACACCUUCCAUCGCGGCGGAAUGGAGCCGAUAAAACAUCCUUGCAGUACUUCAACAACAGUAACCCGGCCAGAUACGACGACGACGACGACGAUGACAAUAAGGAGCAGGCAUUAAUUUCCGCUCGGUCGUCGAAAAAUCGUCCCACGGAAUGGCAGCAAAUGAUACCAUAUACUGACCAAAUUUCGUCCCCUGAAGGAGAAAUCCCGUACCAAGCGGCUUUAGUUUUCCCUAACGGCGACGGGAGGGCCGAAAUGCACUGUGGAGGAAUCCUGAUAGCACCUGCUUGGGUCCUCAGCGCGGCUCACUGCUUUCCCAAAGGCGAGAACUCGAUCGUUGUUCUCGGGGAAACGGAUCUCUCUGUCCUGGACCCAGACGAACAACGCUUCGACAUAGAGAAGGUUGUCGUUCAUCGAGACUACCAAGAAAGAAGCUCACCCAUCAUGAACGACAUCGCCUUGGUUUUGCUUCACGGCAGAGCUAAACUCACGAAGUGGGUCAAGACCAUUCAAUUGCCUCUGACUGCGGAUGAACCAACAGGGUAUGGAAUCGUCUCGGGUUGGGGAAGCACGAUGCCAGUCACGUACACGUCCAUCAAGACCAAGGAUUUCAUGCCGAACCGACUUCAGAGGCUGGCUCUCCCAAUCGUCCCCUUGACGCUCUGCGAAACCGUGUACAAUGUUCGGGAUAGCCACAUUUGCGCAGGAGCAUUCGACGAAGGAGGGAAAGACUCGUGUAAGGGUGACUCCGGCGGUCCGUUGGUUUGCAAGAUGCCCACUAGGCACAUCGCGAAACGCAGGGCAGCCAGCAUUGAACCUGAGGAAUUGUAUCUCUGCGGUAUUGUCUCCUAUGGCUAUGGAUGCGCACAAAAACGGAAGCCGGGAGUUUACACGAGGGUAGGGCACUUCUUGGAAUGGAUCAAGAGUGCUAUGAAGGAAGCAGGACCCGAUGAGACGAACCAAACUCACGUUCACCAUUUUGCACAACCGACACAAAUCACCACCAAGAGUAAUAAGGCAUUGCUGCCCCUCGCAACAACGCCCCUAGAUUUAUUUGGCGGUGGAACAGGCAAAAGGCAAGACGGGAAGUACACUUUACACAAGUCCAGGUUACACGACAAUGCCAUCAGGGACAGGGUCAACACCACAAACGCCACCAACUCCACCAUCCCCGCCUCCUCUUCCUCCCACUUCCAGUACACAAGUCGUGGGACGAGGACCAGGACCCAAAGGCGCUCCUUUGGAAUGCGUCGGAGCACUGUUGCGGGAAAACCUGUUCCUCACGGCAACCCAGUGUUUCAUCAAGCACAAACCUUACGCGGCGACCAACUUCUGGGUACCGUAGGACUGAGCUUAGAUAAUCCUUGGAACAAGACUGCUCAAAUUCAAAGCAUUUCAGGACGAUCGCUUUACAGGCCGGACUCCUUAAACGAACUUCAAACUUCAAAUGACACGUGAGUUUUUG